AUGGUCGCCUUCACCAAUCCGUUCUUUUCCUUGUUCAUUGCUACUCUACUUGCGACGUACGUUGAGGCUGCGCCGUGGCCGGUCUACUCGCGACAUGCCACCCAUCGUGUCCGGACCAUUGGGAAGCGUGCACUCCAAGUCGAGAGCUAUCAUCCGAAGUCGACUUUCAAGUCCUUCGGUGCCGACGGACCUACUGUCUCCACAGGGAACUCCUUGGUUGGAAGCUCCUUGAACUCGAACGCGAUCUCCUUCGUCUCCUCACUCGGCGUCGAUGCCAAAGAUGUUACCUGGACCUCCGGAUACAAUGCUGGGACUGCACAGUUUGCCUACGUCAAGCAAAGCAUUAACGGCAUCCCUCUCGCAAAUGCUGUGGCAAACGUCGCGUUCGAUGGAAAUAAGGUCGUGUCUUAUGGCUCCUCUUUCGUCGACACCAAGGCCGCAAAUAUCGCCGCGGCUGAACCUACCGUGAGCUGGCGAUCUGUCCUGCCCGAGGUUGAAGAGGCUCUCGAAGGCCGAUAUAACGACCACAACGCCACCUUGGAAUACCUGGCCCGAUCUGAUGGAUCAGUGGCACUCACACACGUUGUUCAAAUCCAAAAUACCACUACCAACGCUUGGUACGAGGCAUACAUCGACGCCCACUCUGGUGAAUUGAUCUCGGUCACCGACUUCGUCGCUGAUGCCUCCUACCGUGUCCUUCCAAUCACGAAACAAUCAUUCCCUGCUGGGACCGAGACGCUUGUGGAUCCUCAAGAUGUCACUGCAUCCCCUGAAGGAUGGCAUAGUGUUGGACGGGGGGAGUCGACGACGACGAGUGGAAACAACGUUCUGAGCUUCAAGGGACAACAAGUCACCGCUCAGUCUGCCCCAGGCCUUGUCUUCUCAGCGGCAUAUGAUGACACGAGAGAUCCAACGAACGCCGUCAACCUCAACGCUGCUAGGACCAACGCCUUUUACGUUCUUAACGUUAUGCACGACUUCUCGUUCCGUUAUGGGUUCACCGAGCAAGCGUUCAACUUCCAGCUCUCCAACUUGGGCAACGGUGGCCGCGCGAAUGAUCGUGUCCUUGUUUCCGUUCAGGAUGCUUCUGGAGUCAACAAUGCUAACUUCGCCACUCCUCCUGACGGUCAAUCUGGAAUCUGCCGCAUGUUCAUCUGGGAUAUUACCAACCCUAACCGGGAUGGCACGAUGCAAAACGACAUCAUCAUUCACGAGAUGACGCAUGGUAUCACGAACCGCCUGACAGGUGGAGGAACUGGCCGAUGCCUGCAGACUUUGGAAUCAGGUGGACUGGGCGAGGGUUGGGGCGAUGCGAUGGCCAACUGGUUCCAUCAGACGUCUGCUCAGACGAGGGACUACGUUAUCGGCGAAUACGUGUUCAACAACCGGCGUGGAAUCCGCUCUGCGCCAUACUCUGUGAACAGGGCCACCAACGCCUUGAGCUACGGAAGUCUUCGUCAGCUCAAUGAAGUUCAUUCCAUCGGCGAGGUCUGGGCCAACAUGCUGCACAACGUCUACGCUGCUCUUGUCGACGAGCUCGGUUUCUCUGCUGAUAAGCUCACGAACCCCGACGGCCGCGAGGGCAACAUUGUGUUUAUGCGUCUUUUUAUGGACGCGCUCUCGAUCCAACCCUGCAACCCAACAUUUGUCGAAGCCCGUGACGCUUGGCUGACUGCUGAUCAGAGGCGUUUUAACGGCGCCAACAGGUGCACAGUCCUCAGGGCCUUCGCUAGCCGUGGCCUUGGACUGAACGCUGGAGCUGAUUUCCGUGACGAUAACAACGUUGGCAACUGCUAG